AUGUCCUCAAACGACGAACCGGUCGUCGCCCCUGCUCCUGUGGAGGUCGAUGAAAAUGAGCCCCCGGCUACCCCGAUAGAGGCGAGCGUCGUCUCCGAGGGCGAGGAGUUGGUUAAGCCUAGUCCCGAUGUAUCGAAGGAGAACCCGGCCGCCUCUCUGGCCAAGACCAGCCCUGGUACACCUGGUAUCGCGAAGCGUCCUGUGUCUGGAACAGCUACCACCAAACGGCCCACGUCAUCCUCUGCAUCCAAACCCACGACGGGCACCACCCGCACGACCACCGCCAGUACCCUGAACAAACCUCCCACUCGUCCCUCGACCACGACUACCACCCGGAAGCCAUUGAGCACCUCGACUGUCUCGUCUCAUCGGUCUCGCAUGUCAGUCAGCAGCUCUGCAGACGAGAAGCCUCGGUCUGUGGCGAGCUCGGGAGACGAGAGGCGGGGAAUAUCUGGCACUGCGAAGCGCAUGUCUAUGGCUGGUACCGCCUCCACCCGCCCCCCUCUCAAACCCACCUCGUCUUCCAUCGAUCGUAGAUCGAGUGUUGCCGGCACCACCGCCGAGAGGAAGCCCGCCACCACAACUGCGCGUACCGCGACGUCGACGAGCAAGCCCGUGGGUAGGCUGACUUCAUCAGCGACACCUGCAAGCCGAACUGCCGCUUCCACCUCCACCACUAGACCUGCUACUACUCGGGCAACCUCGUCUACGAGCAAUGUUAAAUCUGCCAUUGCGACCGAUCCCAAGAAGCGAUUGAGUACGCUACCUGGCUCAACUGCCCGAGCUGGUGAUUCUGAGAAGCUACAAGCCCUUCAAACUAAGCUCACAGAGAGCGAGGAGACCGUGGCCAAUUUGAAGACUGAGUUGCAGGCUGUCAAUGAGAAAUUAAGCCAGCUUUCUGUCUCGGCCGAAGAACCCUUGGGUGAUGCUAGUGCCACCGAGGCCAUUCGUGCGAGUCACACCGCAGAGAUUGAGAAGUUGGCAUCGGCCCAUACCGAGGAGCUCCAGGCCCUGCAAGCGCAACUAGAAGAAGCAGAGUCCCAACGGAAAGAGCUGGAGGAAAGCUCGCAAAAGGAAUUGGAGGAAGCUAGACAAUCCGCCGCUGCCCAAGGAGACGACAAGACAGUUGCCCUUCUUGAUGAGCUCAAGUCAGCACACCAAACUCAACUUGAGGCCAUCCAAACAGAGCUGGCAGAGCACAAGUCUGCAGCUGCUCACUUUGAAGAGCAGAUUGGCGCUUUGAAACAGGAACUUGAGUUCCAGCAGCUUGCACUAAAGGAAGAGAAAGCCCAAGCCCUUGACCACUUCAACCGAGAACUCAAGGGUCGUGACCAGGUCAUGGAGAACCUUAACAUAGAGAUUGUGAAGCUGAAUACGCUCAAGGAACAGGAAGUUCGCGCUGCCGAAGAGGCUGCUCAAGAGAGUGUCUCUAGCCUUCAAGAGCAAGUAGCCUCCCUUGAGGCGAAGCUUGCUGCGGCCGAGUCUGUCACCCAGGAAAGCUCUGUGCAGAGCACUUUGAUUGCCGAUAAGGAUCAAGAAAUCACCGAGCUCAGACAGGCCCUGGAGAAGAUUCAAAGUGAGCUGCAGGAGACACGCGAUACAGCGGCCACUGAACUGUCAUCAAAGAUCAAGGAGCUGGAGACUGCCAAUGAGGCUGCUAUCGCAAGCCUCAAGGCUGAACACGAAGUUGCUAUUGGUGAUAUUUCGGCUUCCCACGCAGAAAAACUCGCUGUUGCUAUGGCGGCGGCAGAAUCGAGCGGCACAGAACACACCGCACAACUCCAGGAACUCCGUGACGCCCUCGAGGCGUCUAAGGCCACUGCCCAGAAGGCACAAGAAGAUGCUGUUACUGAGCUUAAGACAAGCCAUGAAGCAGAACUAAAAUUGCUGCAAGAAAAGCUGGAGGCUUCCGAGACUGCCCUCGGCGAGUCCCGCCGUGCAUUGGAUGAGGGCAAUGCCUCUGCACAAGACCUUGCUAUCCAAGAGAUUGACGCUCUUAGACAUAAAUGUGAGUCGCUGGAAUCGCAGCUGUCAACUGGCACUGGGAAAAUCAAUGAGCUGCUCGAAGAGAUGCAGAGCAAGCAAGCCGAAGCCGAAGCUAUCCACCGCACUCUACGGGAUGUCGAAGAUCACUCCAAGCAAGAGGGUGCUCAGAAGGACAACAAGAUGAAGGCACUGGAGCAGAAGGCCGCAGAGGCUGUAGCCAUUCUCGAGAAGCACACCUUGGAGGCUGCCGAUGUGUCGGAAAAGCACGCACAAGCCUUGGAAGAGUUGAAGGCUGAGCAUGCUGCCCACCUUGCAUCCGAAUUGGAGCGGGCUAAGGAGGCAUCGGGAUCCCAUGACAGUGCUCUGAGUGAUCUGCAGGCGCAGCACGAUGAGUUGCUAGCCGCAAACAAGGAUUUGGAGUCUAUGUACGCCACCCGGGUCCAGUCGCUUGAGGCUGAAUUGAAGACGGCACUUGAAAGCCACGCCCGUGAGAUCGCCACCCACACUGAGGGUCGCGAAAAGGAGGCCGCUGAAAUUCAGAAUCGAUUUGAAGAGACCCAGGCAAAGUUGCAAGCCGAGCUUUCUGCUUUGCAGAGUUAUAGCAAAGCUGACACCGAGCUUCACGAGCAACAAAUCGCGGAGCUGCAAAAGGGCUUCGAAGAGACCCGAGCCAAGCUCCAGGCUGAGAUUGAGACCGCCCAAAUAUCCAAGGCUGCUGAGAUCGAUGCUGAGCAUAGCAAGGCAAUUGCUGAAUUGCAGCAAGGAUUUGAAGAGACCCAAGCCAAACUUCAGGCUGAGAUCAAGGCUGCCCAAACAUCCAAGGCUGUUGAGAUCGAUGCUGAGCACAGCAAGGCGAUUGCUGAACUGCAGCAAGGAUUUGAAGAGACCAAAGCCAAACUCCGGGCUGAAAUUGAGGCUGUUCAAGCCUCAAAGGCCGCUGAGAUUGAUGCCGAGCACGGAAAGGCAAUUGAACAGCUUCUAACCAUGCACGACUCCAAGCUGUCCGGCCUUAGAGAGGAGCUCGAAACCUCGAACAGGGUCAAGAUUGACGAUCUUCAGAAGGCCCAUGAUGCAACACUGGCUAGUGUUAGCGAGCAGUUGUCUCAGGCCAAGGCUGUUGCCCAAGACACUUCCGCUCUUGAUGACUUAAAGGCCACAGUCGCCGAUCUGCAGGCCAAGCUUGCUGACUCUGCGAAGGCCCACCUUGCGGUACAGGAAUCAGCUGCCACUGCUUCCAGGGAAAUCGAGGGUCGCUACUCAGCUGAGCUCGCCAAGAUCCAGGCUGACCAUGCUACCCUUGGAGAUAAAUACCAAGCCGCUGUCGCCCAGGUGAGUGAACUGGAGAAGCUUGCCAAGGACUCGGACAGCCAGAAGUCGCAUCUUGAGUCGAUUAUGAAGCAGCUUUCCGAGUCCCGCGAUCAACUUCUUAAGGUUAAGGCCGAUAACGCCGCCAUCUCCGACUCGCUCGUUGAUUGCAAAAACCAAAACAAGACCCUGUCCGAGAAGCUCGAAGCUGGUGAACGUGACCUGAACGACCAGAUCGACAAGAACAUGGGUCUCCUCAACCAGCUUGGCGAUGUUGAUUCCGACAUCUCUGCCAGCCGGCGACGGGUCCGCGAACUCGAAACCGAGCUCGCAGUUUUGAAAGCAGACAGCGGGGAGAAGAGCAGCUCCUCGGGCUUGGAGGCUAGCCGCUGGGCGACAGCUGAUGAGGGGAGCGAGAACGCUGAAGAUGGGGGUCCAGCCACAACGGAAGGUGAGGACCUAGGCCCAUCCAUUGAGGGAACGAUGGCAAGCAUCCAGGAGCAGCUUAAGCACAUCCGAACAGCCAAUGAUGAUUGGUACAGCGAGCACCACAGACUCAUUGGCGAACUUGCCAAUCUCUCCCGGCAAGCAUCCUCCGAGUCUCCCAGCCUCUCGACCACGCCCACCUCAGAAGUCCCACCAGCCCCCGAGCCAGAACCUGCUCGCGCUCGCGCAGCAACAGUCUCAUUUUUCGGCAAACGCCAAAUCUCGCGUUGA